GCGCUUCGUCUCCAGCAAAUCGCUAUGGAGCUCGGUCUGCCAGCACUAUACAUAGUGGAUUCUGGUGGCGCAUUUUUACAUACUCAAGCGGAAUCCUUUCCCGAGAAAUUCGGCCGCAUUUUCAGCAACGAGGCGAAAAUGUCUGCCCAGGGGUACCCUCAACUGGCUGCAGUAGUGGGUAUGUCAACUGCAGGUGGAGCUUAUGUAAGUCGUAUACA